UUGAAUUUAUAACAUGUUGGUUGUUAUCAUUUACUAUUGUGUUAUUUAACCUUUCGCCCUUUUCGAUCAUUUCGUAAGUAUGACUACAACAAUGAACCGAAUAUGUUUCCAAUUUAUUAGAAAAUACUCGCAAAGUACCAACAAGUUAAUUAUUUACGAGCAAUUAACUGGAGAAAGAAAAGGAAUCUCAUUGAUUGGAUUUAACAGACCAAAGCAGAGAAAUGCCUUGAGCAAAGAAUUGGUUGAAAAUUUGAACAACAUUGUAGAUCAAGUGGCCUGUGAUGAUUCCAACAGAGUUGUCGUUUUGCACAGUUUGGUUGCGAAGACUUUUUGUUCAGGAGCGGAUUUGAAAGAACGGCUGGGGAUGGAUCAACAAGAAGUACACCAUUUUGUGAAAAAAUUAAGAGGACUGUCGCAUAAAAUUUACAGCCUUCCAGUGCCAGUCAUAGCCGCUAUUGAUGGAGUAGCUUUAGGUGGUGGUUUAGAAUUGGCUCUGUCUUCGGACAUUCGUGUGGCUGCAGACAAUGUGAAACUAGGCUUGGUCGAAACGAAACUAGCUAUUAUACCAGGCGCGGGCGGUACGCAAUUUCUUCCACGUAUUAUAAAUCCAUCUGUAGCCAAAGAAUUGAUCUACACUGCGUCCAUUUUUGGUGGAAAAGAGGCGGAAAAAAUGGGCCUAAUUAACCAUCUUGUAGAACAAAACGGGGAUGGUAACGCUGCGUAUUUGAAGUCAUUAGAGAUUGCUCAAAGGAUUUUACCGAAUGGACCGGUGGCUGUUAAGAUGGCUAAACAAGCCAUAAAUAGAGGUAUGCAAGUCGACAUUGGCGAAGGUUUGGCUUUGGAGGAGGUGUGUUAUUCAAAGGUAAUUCCUACAAAUGACAGGUUAGAGGGUUUACAGGCUUUUAGCGAAAAAAGAACACCUAUUUACACUGGGUCGUAAUGUUUUAAUAAAACUUAAUUUUAUUAAAAACAAAUUUUUAUUAGAUAUUUCAAUAUUAGAACCAUAUAUCUUUAAUAAGAACGUAUUUUUAUAUAUUUAUAUAUAAUUUAUGUUUUCUUAAAACAAUUUUUUUAAUAUUUA